AUGGCCCACGCCAGCCCAAUACUCCUCCACCUUUGGCGGGACGAUGGCAUUCGAUCAGCUCUCCUCUCGCACAUGGACACAGCUUCCAUCUGUACCUUGCGCCUCACCCAGUUCGAAUUCUGCGAGCUUACAACUCCAGCUCUUUUCACCCGAACCCGCUUAACUUUUACACCAUCCGCUCUUAUACGACCGUCUCGUCUUGAGGCAUUGUCUCGAAUUGGGCCGCAUAUUGAGCACCUUACAUUCUCCAUGCCUCAUAGCGAGGCUACCUUCCUCCCACCACUUCUAAAUCCAAUGAAUGGUCACGAGGUCAACUUCUUAUAUACCCCUCAUACAACAGUCACCUCAGUCACCUCGCGGCCCAAAUAUGGAAGCCCGGAAUUGGGGGAUCUCUUGACGCAACAAUAUCCUCCUCUCUUCCACGCCGCUACCAAUGUACCAGCUUUCAUCAAUGCUCUGGCACAGAUGCCCAAUCUUAGACAUCUCACUAUAUCAUGUCCAGGACAAGAUCCAGCGCAGAGAUAUCGUCGAGAUUGUGUCGACUAUGCACUCAUAAGUCUGCGCAUAGCCAUUGAACGGGCCCCGAUGCUUCGACUAGAGAAGCUCUCGUUACGCCAAAUACAUCCUGCCGGCCUUCAGUAUCUCAGGCAUCAUCCAGGGUAUGGAUGCACGCCAUCUGCAGGGCGCCGGUGGAAACAAAUUAGGAAGCUCGCCAUCACCAUGGACUCUUGGGACUUCCUGGGUCUCAGGCCCGGACUCGACCAUCUCAAAAUCCUGGAUGACUACAUUCGGAAUUUCUCGGCCAAUCUCGAAAAAGUCAGCUUCAGCUGGAAUGGCAGGAAAGGACCUUGUCCAUUGACACUGUUCUCCGAUCCGCUCUUUGCGCCUCCGAGAAAAGCUGCAAAAUUGUUUGCUGAAGUCACGUCGCCCAUGUCACCAUUACCAGCUGCACCUCCUCGCCCGUCCAUGACUUUUCCCAAGCUCCGCUAUAUGCAAGUUCGCAACGCCACAAUGUCCGUAGAGCAAGUUUCGGACUUCGUGUAUGAGCAUCGGCACACUGUCAAAGAAUUCGACUUUGAGAACGUCUUUUUGAUCAACGGCGGUAUUUGGGAAGAUGCUCUCGCGCCACUGACUAGGAUCAGUGGUAGUGAUGAAUGGUUAUCUCAACAAAGCGGCUCGGAAGUUGAAAGUUCUAUGAGCUCGCACGGCCAGGAUGACUUGGAUUACUUGUUCGGGGAGCUCGAGAAACCCGAAGUCGUCGACUCGCUAUCUGGUCUUCCUGAUGAGAUAUUCGACGAUGAAGCCACAAAAACCUCGGUCCAGGUCAAGAAGAAGCGGGUCCACAGACGGCGCAGACGCAAGCAUCAUCGGGAACACAAGGAGCCAUCAGAAGAUUUGGCGAUAUCCUAUCCCAUAUGCAUCCCCAACCCUGUGGUGGAUGUUUUACAGCCCACAACAUUUGAUCCCAACGUGCAAGGUGUUCAGCGCAACUUUCAACAAGACGCAGCCCAACAGGAGCUUGCUGAUGACCCCGAGAAAAGGGUAUCGGCGUUGAAGAAAGCGAAGGAAGCCGUGCUGAAGCAACUUGGGCGGGAGUUUUGUAAGAAUCAAGAGAGGAAGGAGCACAUGAAAGGUUUCUUUAAGAAUACUUGCUCUUCCGGGUGGAAAAGCAGGGCGAUGGUUGGGCACGAAAGUAGUACGGCUUUAGUUCCAUUGAUGUUCAGUCGCUAUUAG